UCAAUCGUAUUAACAUUUUCUCACUCUCACUCAUUCAAAACUGAUACUUUCACUUAACUGAGAAGGCCGUUGGUGAGAUUCGAAUUCAUAACGUUUUCUCUCGGAGUUGACUUGAAAUUAACCCGAAAUCCCAAUAUCAAAAAUUGGAAACCAGGACCUCAAAAAUGUGUGAUGCUAAAGAAGCAGAUAUAGUUAGGACCUCAAAAAAUGCAGAGUUUUCAUUGAAAGUGAUGAUAAAUAAAGAGAAAACUAAGGUGCUCUUUGUAGAAGCUAGCAGCCAUUUUACAGACAUUUUGUUAAGCUUCUUGACUUUGCCGUUGGGAAGAAUCAUCAAAGUCCUCCACAAACACUAUGGAGACGAGACACCCACCAUUGGAAGCUUAAACAGUCUGUACCAUAGCUUAGCAAAUCUCGAUAGCCCCCAUUUCGUGACAGAGGGUGCCAAGCAGACUCUGCUCAAUCCUACAAGCUCGUUCGAUGUUGAAAUCAAACAGCUGAAACUAGAUAUCACUGAUUCUCCUCUUAAUGAAUAUUAUAAGUGUAGCUAUUGUCGUUAUAGACUUCGCCGUUUAAGCAUGUGCUAUGAUAAUGUGAAGUGGUGCGAGGAAUGCCUGAGAACUAUUAUAAUAGAGCAAGAUGAAGAAAUGCUGCCUGAAGGUGCUUCUGGAGAUGGUGUUUUCACCAGGGAUAUAGCUUCUUUCAUAAUCUUUGAUGAUUUGCAGAUAUUUCCUAAUGAGACAGGACUCUUAGGAAUCUUAAGCGCUGUUGGCGUUGCAGACAUGGAGAAGGUUGAGCCAAUCAAAGUAACUUUUGGGUUCAAUGAGAUUAUGAGUUUGUUGAAGGCAUCGUUGAUUUCCAAAACUCCAUUCUCGGAUGUCAUACUGUGUAAAGCAAAAGGGGUCAAGAACUUUGUUAUUGUGGGAUUUGAACCUGAGACCUCGUUAAACCAGAUUGAGACUAACCAUGGUCCCAACUCUGAAAAGAUGAGUUUGAAAGUCGUGAUACAAAAAUCUACCGGUAAGUUAUUGUACGCUCAAGGCAAGGAAGAUUUCUUAGACUUUCUAUUUAGUUUCCUCCAUAUCCCAUUCGGAGGAAUUGAGCAUCUUCUAGCCGGAAAGACUUGUAUUAAGGCCAUAGACAACUUGUAUCAGAGCACAACUGAUCUUACAGACUGCAAGUAUUUCAGGAGCCCAGAUACGAAAAAUAGGCUAAUCAAACCCAACGUUGUUCACGGUUGUAUUUCUGAUAACUACAUUCUUCCCCUCACUCAAGAAACCUUACCGGAUGAAUAUAGGAAAUUCUUUAGGUAUUCAUCUGCUAAGUUUCCUAAUGGCAAGGGGAGUUAUCUUAAAGGACCGCGAACUUAUCAGAUCACAGAUGAUCUAACUGUGACACCACUCUGUGUUUUCUCAAUCCUUUCCAAUCUCAAUAAGCAGAAAAUCCAUGUAUCUGAUGUCCAAGAAGUGGAAAUGCAAAUCGGGUCGAAAGAGGGUUUGAGCAUAUUGAAAGCCUCUAUUACAUCCACUUCCACGCUGUCUGAUGCUCUGCUCAAUAACAUAUCCGUCAAACAACCAAAGACAGAGCACUGAGUUUGAUCAUUGUUUUACUGCCUAUAUAAGUAAACUUGUUUGCUAGUGCUACAUAAUUGUGGAUCUUGAUUCCACUCGUUUUUGGCUUAUAUUAGUACCUUUAGUUUGUUGCUGUAUUUGUUCUAAGGAGACUUUUAUUCUAUGAUUUCAACCUAUAAACCAAAGCCAGAACAAUGAGCCUUUAGUUUAUUGCUAGUACU